AUGUACUCUUCCACGAUAGCCAUGCCUUCCGUGCGCAGUCUAGGCGCGUCAUUCACGCUGCCACAUCCUACCAACACCCGUCCGGACCCCAGCAAGAAAUCCCAUGCGCGAAAACAACCUCCGGGGCACAUUCCUCGUCCGCGAAACGCGUUCAUCCUCUUCCGAUGCGACUUCGUGCGGCAGAAGAAAAUCCCUGAGUCCGUGGAGAACGAUCACCGCAACAUAUCUCGCAUCGUGGGCAAGAUCUGGCGGGAGAUGAGCGAGGAGGACAAGGAGCCGUGGGUGACGAUGGCCGACGAGGAGAAGCGCAGGCACCUUAGAACCCACCCCGGCUACCGCUUCACACCAGGGAACAUGGUCAAGAAGAAGCCCAAGCGCGGAGACGACACGCCCUAUGAGACAGAGCACGAUGAUAUCGCCUCAGACGAGGCGCUCUUCCUCGCUUUGGCACGUGCGUCGUCGUGCCCGCCUGGUGCGCUGCACAUCCCACAGGCGAACAUCGAGUUCUUGAAUGGAUAUGGGCAACCGCUGAAGACACGCGACGACCUUUCACGCCGACCCAGUCGUAUCAUUCUUUAUCAGUCGACGCCUCAGGAUCUCAGGAAGGACCGGGUGGCGGGAUCGAAGUUCUUCGCCAACCAGCAGGCGGUCGCAGAGGCGGUAAAGGACCGGUGCUCUGUUCAUCCGGUACAGGGAGACUUCGUCCAUCCCAGCCCAGACGGCUCGCUCAGGAGGGAGGACUAUUCGUCGGACUCGGAUAUCGAAGGAAUGUUCUGUGGUCCCCGGAUCGCGUCCAUCGCCCAUCUGUCUGCCCCGCACGAUCCGCCACAGUGGCAGACGAUCCACAGAGACCCCAUUCCGUGGACGGAUUGGUGUGAUAUUCACCUCACAAACCCGUUCAAUCAGGACUACGACACGGAUUCAAGUUACUCGCAGGACUCGCCUCCGCCCCCAGUCUUCUACAAUCCCUUUCCAGGCACCUUGCCACCUCUUCCGCCUUUGGGACUUGGAUUUUCUGCCGGUCAUCACGAAUCGAUGGCGUCCGUCGCGGACGAAAGGAGGUACUCCGACCCAUCGUUGGUAUACGAGCCGAUUACGAGCGAGAACGACGUUCACCAAAGUUUCCUCCUCUCUUCAGAGUCGCCUGCUUUCAACGUCGGCCAUCACCAAAAGCGGUCGUUCAGCCAUCCUUCCGAGAUAGAGACGGUCUCCACCCAGCUGCCUCCUGAGACGGAUGGCAGGGUCCAUGGAGAGCAUCUUGGAUUCGUAGCGAACAUGUUCAUGGUCCCAGAAGACAUUGUCGAUGGGGGUGGGUACGGAGACGACCCGCCGACGCCCGCCUAUCCGUCCUAG